AUGAAGGCCGUCGAAGACAUUCUCAAGCCCUUGGCUGGCGGCAGCUCGUCGGAGGUCCUGGGCUAUACGGAGUUCUCGCACGAGGCGCUGCCCGUGCUGCCUUCGCCGUCGAUGGUUUCUCCGUCGCUGCUCGGCCCCCCGUCGCCGUACCCGGCCGCAGCGGCCUUGGUCGAAACCUCCGGCACGACCAAGACAUCGCCGACUGGCUCGCCGGCUGGCUCGCCCUCUGGCUCGUCGCCGAGUGCAAACCGCGCAUCUCGAGAUGCGGCCGAGGGCUUCUACUUCGCGGCCAUCUGCUCGAUGUUCGUCAUUCUGGCGUUCGCCCUCGGCGCGCUGUACUUCGUCAAUGCCGCCAGACACCGCGCCAGAAGCGAGCCCCUGACGGCGAGGCGCACCACCUGCGACAGCCGCGACUGCCAGCGUCACGCCCUCCUGCUCACCGUCGGCCUCAACCGGACCGCAGACCCAUGCCGCGACUUCAGCGCCUACGUGUGUUCGGCCUGGACACCCGGCGGAAGCCGCCCGCAUCCCUCCGCGAAUGCCCUCGAGUCACAACUGAACGACGUCCUCAUCGCGUGGCUCGGGGGCCUGGAGGACCUGCUGAUCAGCGGUAUCGACGUGCACAAGGUCGCCAGCAAGCCGCUGGCACUGCUGCGCAGCUGCCAGGCGCCGGGCCGUCGCGCGAGUGCCGAUGACCUCGCAGACUUUCGGGAGUUCAUCACCCUGCUGGGCCUUUGCUGGCCGGACGACAGCUGUUGCGACGUUAGCGCGCUGGGCGUCCUCUUAGGGCUCGUGUACAGGUGGGACCUGUGCUUCUGGUUGCGAAUACGGAUACUGCGGAAGCACAACGGAAGCGAGCGUCGCCUGGCGCUGUACCCGGCUCCCAGGGCCCUCGUGGAGCGAUUCGUGGCCAGGCACACUUACCUGGUGAUGCAGAACGCGUACCUCGCAUACUGGACGCACCACCGCGAUGUACUUCUCUCGACGAACAGCGCUUCCAACGAGUCCUCGUCGCGGCAUCCGCCCCAAGAUGACAUCGAGCGCGUGAUUAAGACCGAGCACUCUAUCGCUAGGGCGCUACUACACAGCGCAACCAAGGAAACUCUGGAGCCCAUGAAGAUCCCGAUUUCGGACAUUGGCUACUACACGGCCAACGUGUCCUCCAGCGAGUGGCUCGACAAGUUGAACGCCAACGUCGCGGACGAGUCGACACUGUUCGCGAUGGAGGAACAGAUCCUGGUGGCUGACGCGUCCGUCCUGGGGUCCAUCGGAACCAUCUUUGGCUUCUACACGGACCGCGAGAUCCUGUCGCACCUGUCCUGGCAGUUUGUCCAGGAGUACAGCGCAGUUGUUGACCCGGGUCUUGAACACCUUUUUGAGGACCGCUGGGGCGCGCUGUUCUGCGCCAGGCAGGUUGCGGAGAUCUACGCUCCGCUCGUCGCGACGUUGCACUGGAAGUUGCACGCCAGCGACGCUGAGAGGAGACUCCUGGAAGCCAAGCUGCGAAAUCUGGUCUACCGGACCGCUAUGGCGGUCAAAUCCCAGUGGUGGCUCGCGGAGCAGGACAAGCACGUCGCCGUGGAAAAGCUUCGAGCCCUGACAGUCCGGCUGUGGCCUCCGAUGCAGCUGGAGCGGGAGCUCGGCCAGCUGUUCCACGACUUCCCCAACGGCACGGCGUCGGACGAGUCCUUCGCCAAGACCUGGAUUAAGAGCCGGACGGCCCUCGCUGGCCGAGCUACCAGUCGAUCCCGAUCGUUGAUAGCAAGCUACAGCCCGACGCUGUCGCCGUUGAUGAUCCGGUACGACUACCUGGACAACGCCGUGGACCUGGCUGCGUCAUCGCUGAUGGGUCCGCUGUUCUACGUCAACGCGACACCUUCCAUGUUCUACGGCGGUAUCGGAUUUUACUUCGCCGCCCAGAUGAUGCGGUUCCUGGACUGGACGGGCCUCAAGGUGGACGCUGGCGGCCGCGUCGUCUCGCCGUCGUGGAUGACCGAUGUCAGCCGCAAGGUCGUCGCAAGUCGCCUGAGCUGUCCCACGACGAGCGUGACGAACAAGGCGCUGCUGCCUUAUCUUCCGGCCCUGGAGGUGGUCAGGCAGGCGUUCAUCGAAGAAGCGGCGACGUCGCUGAACCGACUGGACGUCGGCGGCGAGCUCACCGAGCCGAGGACGUUCUUUAUGACGCUGUGCCGCAUGGCCUGCUCCAGUACUCCAUGGGCGGGAGCCGUCGUGGACUGCAACACGGUCUUGAAGAACUCUCGCGACUUCGCGACGACGUACCGCUGCAAGAUUGAUUCUCCGAUGAAUCCCUCGAAGAAGUGCGUCUUUUUCAGCUAG